GUGAGACAAACGCGCCCAUACAAGAGUGAAAGAUAUUUUUCGUUGCUCAUAACGCGAGUUGUAAAAAUUGUCUUGAGUCUCCCAACUGCCAGAGAGACUUUGUGUUCAACAGGGGCGUUGUAUUUUCCCAGCAGAGGUGACCUUGGACUGUCAAACAAUGAGGUCGGUUAUUUUCCUUCUUCUGUCGGUUGGAUUUGGCUCCUUGUCCUGUCAGCGUCUGGAGCCCGGCCAGGUUAACAUAACGUGCGGGAGACUGAAGGACAACACCGCCAAGAUAAACUACUUCGGGGACAGCAUCCGCGUCUCGGCAUUCAUGCGCAAUGGCAAGAGCUGUGCGUUCAAACAAGAUGUUGCCAAGGCGACGUGGAGCCUCGAUGUCGCAUUUACCGGAAGGGGCGACAAAUGCGUCAUGACGAAAAUGCCUCACCGACAUAUCUAUAGUAUCGAGGUCCUGUCUCGUCGUGGAAGCCCAGUCUUCGAGAGUGAUGAAGAUGAGAAGUUUCUGAUGGAAUGCAACUUCGAGACUUACAAGGAAGAGAAAGAGGAAAGCGUCCCUCUUAUUGACGUGAAGCAUCCCCCGAAAGUAGUGGACACCCAUGAGGGCAUGGUCAGCAACUCCAAUUACACUGUCGAACUCGUCGGCAUGGAAGGCCAGAAGCUGAAGUCGGCCGAGGUUGGCCUAAUUGUCAGGUUAAAGGUCACCAUGUCACCUUCGAAGGAAGAGAAGGAUCUUGGAUUCAUGCCAGUGCGAUGUGACGUCGUCACGCCUGAUGAGAGGCAGUCUUCCGCCAUAUUAGCUGAUGGAUGUGGUACAGGGUUCCCGUUUGAUCGGAAGAAAGGUUUCCAGAUGAUAAAGAUGGUCGGGGUCAGCCCGCCGUUCCGUGUCUUCCGUCUGCACCCAAAGAAGAGUGUGGGAUUUAAGUGUAGCUUCGUGACCUGCAAAGAAGACUGUAUUGGGUCAACGUGUGAAGUUGAGGAUUCUAACCUCCCCCGACUUAAGCGUGACGCUGAACCUCCCAAGUUUGUGCACGCCACAACCGGAGACACGGAGAUAGAAGGAUCGGACUUAAACCCCCAGGGUGAACUGCAGAUGGUAGCAGCCGAGUUCUACGUCCUUCAAGACUCAACGUUCGUGCACACUGAUGCGGAGACGGAUUUGAAACCGAAGCCCGAAGAUGUCCGCAGGCCCCUGCCCGAAGAUGUCCGCAGGCCCCUGCCCGAAGAUGUCCACGGGGCCCUGCCCGAAGAUGUCCGCAGGCCCCGGCCCGAAGAUGUCCGCAGGCCCCGGCCCGAAGAUCGCCGGAGACCUAUAUUUGGCAAGAUGCCAAUAGGAGAAAAGAAUGCAAACCACGAUGGCCCUCGCCGCCUAACGGUCGUCCACCAAUGGGAGUCGAAGAUCUUCACACGCAACGUUAAACUGGCAGUGCUUGGGACAUCUGGCGUUGUGCUGCUGAUAUUUGUAUUUACAACCUUGUAUCUGUUGAGUCGAUUCAGAAACAUCCAAUAAAUCAGGUGAACGGUUA